AUUUUCUUUCAAAUCCAGUUCCAAGUGCUAGCUAGCUUCACCUCUUUUGGGUUAAAUAUGAGCCUUUACUCCUCUGCAAACCCAGUUAGAGAAGCUUACAACAUACUUUUAUUUUAUGGAAAGACCCAAAGAGAAAAGAAAUGUAAAUUUGAAGCACACAAGAUGUUGAAGUUAGGGAAGCUGUAUUUCUGAGAUUCCAACUAGAUACCAUGGCGUACCCAAAUCAAUUGAUGUCAGUCGACUCUCCCCAGAGGAAAAUGGGAAGGGGAAAGAUAGAAAUCAAGCGGAUCGAAAACACGACUAAUCGUCAAGUCACCUUCUGCAAGAGGCGCAACGGCUUGCUCAAAAAGGCCUAUGAAUUGUCGGUUCUCUGCGAUGCCGAAGUUGCCCUCAUCGUCUUCUCUAGCCGCGGCCGCCUUUACGAGUAUGCUAACAACAGUGUCAAAUCAACAAUUGAGAAGUACAAGAAAGCAUGCGCAGAUUCCUCCAAUACUGGGUCUGUUUCUGAAGCUAAUGCCCAGUUCUACCAGCGAGAGGCUGCUACCCUGCGACAACAAAUUAUUAACGUGCAGGAUUCAAACAGGAAAAUAUUGGGUGAGUCUUUGAGCAGAAUGAAUGUCAAAGAUCUCAAGAGCUUGGAGGGAAAAUUAGAGAAGGCAAUUAGUAGAAUUCGGUCCAAAAAGAAUGAGCUCUUGUUCGCAGAAAUCGAGUAUAUGCAAAAAAGGGAAGUUGACUUGCAUAAUAAUAACCAGCUUCUCCGUGCAAAGAUAGCCGAGAAUGAGAGAAGCCAGCAAAACUUGAAUGGGAUGCCUUCAGGAGUGGGAAACUACGAGCUCUUGCACUCUCAGCCAUUUGAUUCUCGAGACUAUUUCCAAGUAGAUGCAUUGCAGCCCAAUCAAGUACAGUACCCACGCGGCCAAGACCAUAUGGCGCUUCAAUUAGUUUAAUUAUAUGCUAGCUUGAGGGACCAUGGUAAGUACUGCUGCUGCUUUUGUUUUCCAUGGAAAGUGAGUGUAUCAAAUAUGUGAAUGUGACAUGAACAAACUGAUCGAGGUUGCGAUGUUGCAUGCAAAGUACUAGUGGUAUUGUAGACAGUCAUAUUAAUACUCCUAAGUUUGCUAUUAGAGAUAUUGGAUAUCUUUUCUCAA